GUGAUCGCGUGAGGCGCGCGUGUUUUCUCCGAACCCGCGGAAAAACGUCACUACACCCGUGGCAAUUGGUGCAGGAAUAGAAAAUCUCGCGAAAAUAAAUAAAUUAAGCACGUACCCAGCGUACACAGUGAACGUUUAUUGUGGCAGUGGUUGGCGUGCUGGCGCGUACUGACAUCACCCCUCCAAAUAAGUGGUGUUUGGUGCUGAGUGAGUGAAAGCUUGUUUGCAUGCAUGAAAGUUUAAUAAAACCGUGGCAGGAUUGUUGGGAUAAAUCCGUAAUCCUCUGUAGUGUGACAGCAUUAAGUAAUAAAUAAGCUACCGUCGAGGCAGCGGUGAAAGGCGAAUGAUUAAUACAUAUAUAUAUAUUUAUUCUAUAAUAUAUCGUGAGUGAAUCGUAUCGCGGGAGUCAGUAGUACACUCCCACUGUUACACUUGUUAAACGCGCAGCUAGCCGAGGUUACAGUAGAUAAACGACCAGCCGUUGUUUUUUAGCCAACAAGUUACCCUAACCAAAAAAAAAAAGAAAAAAGUUCACCAAACGAGGGCAAGAAAAUGGCCCAAUUUGUGACACACAUCCAGCCGACGCUGAUAGAGGCCUCGCAAGGUCACGUACCGCAUCACCAUGGGCAUCAGGUAGGAGUGCCCCAUUCGUCGCAUCUUCCCCACAGCGGCCACAACAUGCCAUCUCCACCCACUCAUCACCAUGGGCAUGCCCACGGUCAUGUUCACGGGCACCAUACGCUGGUUCACAGCGCCAGCCGGGAGAUAUCGAACAGCAAGAGUUCGUCGGGACACCAUAAGGCACCGAUGCACCUGCCAUUGUCUCCCAAAGCGGACGAGCAUCAUCAGCAUCAUCAACCGCACCCGCAUUAUCAGCACGUGGAAGGAUACUAUCAGCAUGCACCGUUGCAUUAUCAGCAUCACCAUCAGCAGCAGCAGCAGCAGCAUCACGGACAUAGCCAUGGCCAUCAUCACUCGGGAUCCGAUGGAAACACGUCGUUCCUGCGUGCUGCAAGAGCAGGCAACUUGGAGAAAGUGUUGGAACACCUUAAAAAUAACAUUGAUAUUAACACUUCCAAUGCGAAUGGCUUGAACGCAUUGCAUCUAGCGUCGAAGGAUGGGCACGUUGCCGUGGUGACGGAGCUGUUAGCUCGCGGUGCCACAGUUGAUGCCGCAACUAAGAAGGGCAACACGGCCCUACACAUCGCUUCGUUGGCCGGCCAGGAAGAUGUGGUGAAGUUGCUCAUCAAGCAUAGCGCGUCCGUGAAUGUGCAGUCUCAGAAUGGCUUCACGCCGCUGUACAUGGCGGCCCAGGAGAACCACGAUUCGGUCGUGCGGUUGUUGCUGUCGAACGGAGCCAACCAGAGCUUGGCCACCGAGGAUGGCUUCACGCCGUUGGCCGUCGCGAUGCAGCAGGGACACGAUAAGGUGGUGGCCGUGUUGCUGGAAAGUGAUACCCGCGGGAAGGUGCGCUUGCCCGCGUUGCACAUUGCUGCUAAGAAGGAUGAUGUGAAGGCAGCAACACUGCUGCUAGAGAACGAUCAUAAUCCAGACGUAACGUCCAAAUCGGGCUUUACACCUCUGCACAUCGCGUCGCACUACGGCAACGAGGCAAUGGCCAAUCUGCUCAUCCAGAAGGGUGCCGACGUGAACUACGCCGCUAAGCACAACAUCAGCCCACUGCACGUGGCCGCAAAGUGGGGCAAAACCAAUAUGGUGGCUUUGCUGCUCGAGAAGGGCGCCAACAUUGAGAGCAAAACGCGCGAUGGCCUCACACCGCUGCACUGUGCGGCCCGAUCGGGUCAUGAGCAGGUGGUCGAUAUGCUACUCGAACGUGGCGCCCCCAUUAGCUCGAAAACUAAAAACGGACUAGCGCCAUUGCACAUGGCCGCCCAGGGUGAACACGUGGACGCCGCUCGAAUUCUGCUGUACCAUCGCGCGCCGGUCGAUGAGGUCACCGUCGACUAUCUAACGGCUUUACACGUCGCGGCACACUGUGGGCAUGUGCGAGUUGCGAAGCUCCUGCUCGACCGCAAUGCCGAUGCAAACGCACGUGCCCUAAACGGGUUCACGCCACUGCACAUUGCCUGCAAGAAGAACCGCAUUAAGGUGGUGGAACUGCUGCUGAAGCACGGCGCGAGCAUUAGCGCCACGACCGAGAGUGGACUGACGCCGCUGCAUGUGGCAUCGUUCAUGGGAUGCAUGAACAUCGUCAUCUAUCUGCUGCAGCACGAUGCCAGUCCCGACGUUCCGACUGUGCGAGGUGAAACACCACUGCACCUUGCGGCUAGAGCUAAUCAGACCGAUAUCAUACGCAUUUUGCUACGCAACGGAGCUCAAGUAGAUGCGCGUGCUCGCGAGCAGCAAACGCCACUACACAUUGCAUCGCGCUUGGGUAAUGUGGACAUCGUCAUGCUGCUGCUACAGCACGGCGCCCAGGUGGACGCCGUCACGAAGGACAUGUAUACGGCCCUGCACAUCGCCGCCAAGGAGGGACAGGAUGAGGUUGCUGGCGUCCUGUUGGACAACGGUGCCCAGAUCGAUGCAACGACCAAGAAGGGCUUCACUCCGUUGCACUUGACGGCCAAGUACGGCCACAUGAAGGUGGCCGAGCUACUGCUGGAGAAGAACGCACCGGUGGAUGCGCAGGGUAAAAAUGGCGUCACUCCACUGCACGUGGCAAGCCACUACGAUCAUCAAAACGUCGCCAUGUUGCUGCUGGAGAAGGGAGCUAGCCCUCAUGCUACGGCUAAGAACGGGCACACACCGCUACACAUUGCGGCACGCAAAAAUCAGAUCGACAUCGCCAACACGCUGCUCAAAUACGAAGCGCAAGCAAACGCGGAAAGCAAGGCCGGAUUUACGCCGUUGCAUCUGAGCGCUCAGGAGGGUCAUACCGAUAUGUCCGGUCUGCUGUUGGAGCAUAAGGGUGAUCCGGAUCAUCAGGCGCGCAAUGGGUUAACGCCGAUGCACUUGUGCGCGCAGGAGGAUCGCGUUAGCGUCGCACAAGUACUGGUAAAGCAUGGAGCCAAUACGCAGGCGGCAACCAAGGCGGGUUAUACGCCGCUGCACGUCGCUUCACACUUUGGCCAAGCGAACAUGGUACGCUAUCUUAUCGAGCAGAAUGUUAAUGUCAACGCUUCCACUGGUAUUGGAUAUACGCCGCUGCAUCAAGCUUCGCAGCAAGGACACUGCCACAUUGUUAACAUUUUGCUGGAAAAUAAAGCUGAUCCUAAUGCUAUUACAAAUAACGGACAAACGUCACUGAAGAUUGCACAAAAGCUGGGAUACAUUAGUGUGCUCGAUUCACUGAAAUCGGUCACGGACGCCGUAGCUACACCGGAUCAGCCACCGUCAGAGGAGAAGUACCGCGUGGUUGCACCGGAGGCGAUGCACGAAACAUUUAUGUCUGAUUCGGAAGAAGAAGGAGGUGAAGACACUGUGCUGUCGGAUCAACCGUACCGCUACUUGACGGUUGAUGAGAUGAAAUCACUCGGCGAUGAUUCGCUGCCGAUCGAUGUGACCCGUGACGAGCGGAUGGACUCGAACAAGAUGGUUCAGAGUACCGAUUCGCACCAAUUUCCACCAACGGCGCUGGAAGAUUCGAUAAGCCCUCAGCACGCAUCCAUGGUGCAGUCUGGCAUUUCGGCGGCCGAUUUUACGGACAACAUUAACAUCGAGCGUCACUCGCACGUUGGAAAGCUGCACUGGAAGAACUUCUUAGUGUCCUUCUUGGUGGAUGCUCGUGGAGGAGCCAUGCGAGGCUGCCGACACAGUGGUGUGCGUAUCAUCGUCCCGGCGCGAUCCGCCGCACAACCAACACGCAUAACGUGCCGUUACGUGAAGCCCCAGCGCACUAUGCAUCCGCCGCCUCUAAUGGAAGGAGAGGCCCUAGCGAGCCGUGUCCUGGAGCUGGGUCCGGUUGGAGCUAAGUUCCUUGGUCCCGUCAUCAUGGAAGUUCCGCACUUUGCCUCGUUGCGCGGUAAAGAGCGCGAGAUCGUCAUCCUGCGAUCGGACAAUGGGGAAACUUGGCGUGAGCACAACAUCGACAUGUCGGAUGAGAUAAUCCACGAUGUGCUGAACGAGUGCUUCGAGCCAGAAGAGCUGGCACAGCUGGAUGAACUGGGAGGUGGCCGUAUCUGCCGUUUCGUGACGUACGAUUUCCCGCAGUACUUUGCGGUGAUUUCGCGCAUUCGCCAGGAAGUGCACGCCAUCGGACCGGAGGGUGGUAUGGUGUCUAGCACCGUCGUACCGCAGGUGCAGGCCGUCUUCCCGCAGGGUGCUUUAACCAAGAAGAUCAAAGUCGGGCUUCAGGUAAAUCUGUUCAAACCGCGCAAGGGUGUAGCCCCCGAAAAGUUGCGCAAGAUUAGCGUCAACCACGUGCCGAAGAAGAAACGUUUCUCUUUGAUUUGGUAAAAAGACACAUACGAACCAACUGCUCCGUUGCUCGUCUGAGGCAGCUGAUGCUGGUCAAACAAAAUGCUAAAGCUUACGUGCUAGUACCAUACGACAUACGAGUGGAUGGCGCGACAAACGCGACUCAACAGGACAAAAAAAGAAAACAAGAUUAACGUAUGAAUUAACUUUCUCCCCGUGCUCAACUAUGCUUUAACCAUCUCUAGUCAAGGUUUUCUGAUGAGAGAAAACUACCGAAUUGCAUGCAACUUUCAAAGGAUUUAAGGACAAUUAUAUUGUAGUUGCUUUUAAGUGAAAACAAAAACGCCUUUUUAUGUUGGUAGUUUUGCAUUAUUCUUACACCCAACCGGAAAAUACACCCAACCGUCCGGCGUGUCGAUAAACGUGUAAGGAUCGCCUUUGGUUUUGCUUUUUUACGUGAAGUACUCCUAGUUUAAACUUUUCGGUUACGCUUUUUACUACAUUACGACCUUUUUAUGGCAUUUCGCAAAUAUUUUGCAAACUGAACUACUGAAUACAAAGCAGUUGAACUAAGGAGCAAAAUGCAACAUGCAGCAACAUUAUUGCACUCGAGGCCAUAUCGUGAAGCUAGACAAUGUGUUGCGAUCGAAGCGAUCAAAAAUCAGUACUUCGAACAAUUGCAUUUACAUUGACAGAAACGACAGAAUCAACUUAAUAUCAAGAUGCAUUCCAUUUACUCCGUCUACAUGUAUUACGAGGCAACAUAACCCAAAUUUAUCUCAUUGAUAAAUGCUCAUAAACAAUUCAAAACUCAGUGCAUAGAUAUUUCGAAGCAUAGUGCAACGAACGCUUUCGUACGGAAAGGCAGGUUAGUAGUUUAUCUUGGAAGAUUCCAUGGCAACUGAUGAUAUCAAAUUAUGGAAACAAUCCAAAACAAUACACCUUCUCCAUGUGCAGAAAUUAUUAUAGUUUUCCGUUCGUUUUGUAAUGAACAUGAAUUAACUAUAAAUCACAAUAUGCGAAAACGAUUAAUACUGAAAGUUUUGCUUAAAUUUGUUGCCAAAUUUAACUUAAAACUUUAUUUACCUAUUCCUACACGCUUAGAAGGAGCGUAAAGUUUGAUUAAACAAAAAAUUUAAAAUCAAAUACACAUAUAUUUCGGUUUGCUUAAUGAGGUUAUCAUCAUGUAAUCCAAGAGUGCGUUGUAUGGGACAGGAGGCGCCUGACAUUAAACUUCAAUGUAAUGCAUACCCCAAGAGCAAGCUAUGACAGAUGGCAGGAGCUUUCAUUAUAAAUCAGUAUUUUCCAACAGCCAGUAUAUUCGUUUUCAAACCAAUCCUGUCCGCAAGUAGUAAAGCGAUUUUCAAUUUAACAUCAACGAAAUAGAAAAGAAAACCUACGAUAUUAGACGCUUAGAAGUUCCAUGUUUAUGCAUAAACCGAGAAACAUCCGCCGAAAAUAGUCUUCAGCGGUUUGUUGUCUCACAGUUAUAUAAUCAAACACGUUGGUGCAAUAUGUUGUGAGGUGCUUUGGAGAGAGCCACCAGUUUAGAGCGAUGGAUCGUGCAGAUCGUGAGUCUAAGUGCGAGGCGAUGUAAUUAAAAACACUACUAUUAACUACGAUACACAAUCAGAUAACGAUUCGAUUUGAAGCAUCUGGAGGCAAUUAAUAUUAUGAAUCUAAGGUUUUAGCGUGCGCUAGCUCGUACCGAACAAUAUUGACAAAACACGAUUUGAGUGCCCAAUAAAUUUAGU